AUGGCUGGCGGCGGUUUCUCUAACGAUACCCAAGGAAACAAUCUUACUUUGGGACUCCUGACUAUUCUUGGGUUAUUCAUUUUUUACCCAAUUGCCGCGACAGUUUACAACCUUUGUUUCCACCCUCUCGCAGGGUUUCCUGGACCUCCAUUGUGGAAAGCAAGCCGCGUACCUUACAUUAUUUCGCUCCUUCGAGGAAACUUGGUGAAAGAUCAACUCGAAAUCCACCGAAAGUAUGGGGAUGUUGUUCGUCUAGCUCCGAAUGAAAUAUCAUUUACGAAAGAAGAGGCUUGGCAAGAUAUCUACGUAAAACGUCCAGGCCACCAAAACCCUACGAAAGAUCCCGUUUGGUACAAAGCCCCGGAUAGCAUGCCCGAAAACAUUGUUACUGCAAUUGAUUCAACAUUACAUUCACGUUUUAGAAAGCUACUAGGGAACUCAUUCACCGAGAAAGCGCUCUGUAGUCAAACACCACUUAUAGAAUCAUACGCUGAUUUACUGAUUAAUCGUCUCCGGAGUCUCCCACAAAAUUCUGAAGAUGGAUUACCUGGGGUGGUGGUAAAUUUUGUGGAUUGGAUGAGCUGGUUCACAUUCGAUAUAAUUGGUGAGCCGGCACUUGGAGAGUCAUUUGACUGUCUGAAAGACAGUAAAUAUCACCCUUGGGUCGAGACUCUCAACAACUUUUUGAAAGGGAUGGUUUACGCUGCCUCUACAAGAUGGUAUCCUGGUCUAGAGACAUUAAUGUUCAAACUGUUGCCAAAGAGAGUUAUGGAGAUGCAGCGCCAGCAUUCCAACUUUGCCAACGAGAAGAUAAAUCAGCGACUCAACCUCGAAACUAACAAACCGGACUUUGUGACACCAUUCAUGGAAGACAAUGCCGAUUUUCGCAAGAUAUCGCUCAGAGAGACUCAGUCUAACCUUGCAAUUCUUAUCGUGGCGGGUGCUGACGCGACUGCCACUGCACUUUCUGGAAUUUUGCUAUACCUCGUCCAAAACCAGGAGGCAUUGGCCACAUUAACAUCAGAAAUCCGCAACAGCUUUCUAAAUGAAGAGGAUAUCUCGAUUGCAGCUACAAACAAGUUGAUUUUUCUCAACUCAGUACUCAUGGAGGGUCUGCGUCUCACGAAUCCGGUGCCAGGAGGUCUUCCUCGUAUUGUUCCAGAAGGUAGUGAUACUUAUGCUGGAAUAUUCAUUCCGGCUAGAACCACUAUCUCAGUUCGACCUUACACUAUGUCUCGUUCUAAAAUAUAUUUUGCAGAGCCUAAUUCCUUUGUUCCGGAGCGCUGGCUUCCGCAAGGAAUUCGUCCCACAAAAUUUGAUGGAGAUCGCUUGGGGGUCAGCAACCCAUUCAGUAUUGGUCACUCCAACUGUCUUGGAAAAAAUCUUGCCAUGGCUGAGAUGAGAAUUGUUAUAGCAAGAAUCCUAUGGGCAUUCGAUCUGCACGAGCAUGGCAAAAGAUUGGAUUGGACAUCAUUGAAGACCUUAAUGAUUAUUCAGAAGCAACCUGUCCAAAUCAAACUCACUAUCAGAAAAAGCUCUAUUAGAGUGUGA